GACGCAUUUUGGCGCAUGCGUGGGCCGGUUGCGCGACAGACCGACAAAGGUGGCGAAGCUCGGGAGGUUUAAUCGACUUAAAAACGUUAAAAAAAAAAUGCUGAAAGAGUUGGUGAAGGAGCGACUCAUGGCGGCGGCUGAUGAAAUAUUCGCGCUGUUUGAAAGAACCAUCGCGUCGUACGAGGAGGAACUUUCUAGAACACGAGAAGAGAAGGAGCGACUGCGACAACAACUGGAAUUUGGUUGCCAGACUCGCGUUGUGUCACAAAUGGAAGACGUCCAGCAUUGUGAAGAAGAACAUCCCCAUCAGUCUCGGUGGGGGACUUUCACUUUGAAGCAGGAGGAGCCACAGCCCCCCCACAUUAAAGAGGAAGAGGAGGAACUCUCGAUCUCUCGGGAGGGAGAGUGUGGACCUGAAGAGGCUGGUCUCUCCAAGUUGCAACUGAGAGUUAUCUCUGUGAAGACCGAAGACCAUGAAGAGAAACCACCCGAGUCCUCGCAGCCUCGUCGCAGUCCAAGGGAGGAGAACGGAGGGGCGGAGCCUCCAGGCUGCAGCCGUGACGGGAACGGCGGCCAAGAACCUUUGAGCAGCGACACACACUGUGAAGGUGACGCCAGGACUCAAACUGACGACACACAUUCUAAAUGCUGCAAAAAGAGGAGAGACGUCCAGCAGCGGAUUGGUUGUCAAGAGGAACGUUUUCCUCAGUCUCAGGGGGGGACUUCCACUUUGAAGCAGGAGGAUCCGGAGCCCCCCUACAUUAAAGAGGAAGAGGAGGAACUCAGGAUUUCUCAGGAGGGAGAGUGUCUUCUAGGACUGAAUGAGGCUGAUCCCACCAAGUUGCAACUAAGCGGUGUCUCUGUGAAGACUGAAGACGGUGAGGAGAAACCACCCGAGUCCUCAGAGCUUCAUCACAGUCCAAGUGAGGAGAACAGAGGGGCGGAGCCUCCAGGCUGCGGCUCAUCACAACACAUGACAACAGAAGCUGAGGGAGACUACUGUGGAGCUCCUCUAUCAGAUAGCGACGACAUGACAUCACACCGCCCUGAGGAUGAAGACAGGAACGGCAACCAAGAACCUUUGAGCAGCGAUACAGACUGCGGAGGUGAUAUCACAACUCAAACUGACAACAAACAUUCUGAAUGCUCUCAAACAAAGACCGGUAAAAAACGUUUGAACUGCUCACUUUGUGGUAAAAACUAUACCUAUGAGUGUUUUUUGACCGAACACAUGAGAACUCACACAGGUGAAAAACCAUUCAGUUGUUCUGUUUGUGGCAACAGCUUUACUCGGAAAGGUGAAAUGAUAUCACACAUGAGAAAUGUCCAUGGAGAAAAAAUGUACAGUUGCUCAGUUUGCGGUGAAAUGUUUUUCUUUCAGAUCCAGUUGACCCGACACAUGAAACGACACACUGACAUACCUUUCAGUUGUUCUGUUUGCCAUGAAAUAUUCCCUCGCAGGGCAGAUCUGGUGUCGCAUGUGGUGAUUCACAAAGGCGAAACAUCUUUUAAAUGCUCAGUCUGUGAUAAAAGCUUUCCCACGGUGGCCCAGUUGGACACACACAUGAGAACACACACCGGAGAGAAACCUAGUUGCUCGCUUUGUGCUAAAACGUUUUCUAAUGGAUACUGUUUGAAUUCACACAUGAAAACGCACACCAGGGAAAAACCCUUUCGUUGCUCUGUUUGUGCGACAGACUUUGCUCAGCGAUCCAGUUUGAACGUACACAUGCGCCUUCACACCGGACUGAAACCUUUUUUUUGUUCGGUUUGUGGUGCAAAAUUUGCUCAGCGAACCAGUUUAAAUACACACGUGCAAAGUCACACCGGACAAAAACCUUUUAGUUGUUCCGUUUGUGCUAAAAGAUUUGGUCGCAAGUACUGUCUGAAAGUACACAUGCGCACUCACACUUGAGGGAGAAACCUUUUCCCCGCUGCUUUGUUUUGGGGGGUAUUCUAACCAGAAAAUAACAUCUUGUUCAUACGAUGCAUUUAAAAAUAAAAUUGCAAAAUUAAAUACAAACAAUUGAAGUACAGCAGACUGAGUGAACCUUCAUUAGCAGCUGUUGGGCAGUAAAGAAGGAGGUCUUGGUUUCUGAAUCUUUAUUUUCUCUGCCCUCAGUUCAGUUUUGAGUGUGUAGGUUUGGCCAUAAAUGUCGUUCUUUGUUUCACAUUGCCAAAGUAAACCGAGACAGAAUGAUUUUAGCUACUUCCCUGAGACUCUUUUGUUCAAUGCUGUUAGAAACGUCAAUGAAUUUAUAAAUUCAAUUUAAAACUGAUUAUGAACUGGUUGCGGUGCAUAUCUUGAGCCGUCCUCGACAUAGACAUGUUAUAAGUAGACGCAGCAUUGGCUGCUGUGACGCGAGAAAUUGGGCCGCCAUCUUGAAGUGGUGACGAGGAGCCGGCGAGCAGCCUAAACGAACAGUUGACAGAUAGAAAACAAAGAUGGUGUUCAGCGUUUUCCCGCUCAAAUGAGCGGACUGUUGAAAAUAGGAAUCAGGGGAUGACUUUUCACAAGUAAGAUUCAACAUUAACGUACCAUUGGUUGUAUUUUGUGAAAAUGAUAUUACCACAGAGUUGAGAAGGAGCAAAGAUCUUCAAUAGUACGGAAAUCGGAGCCGCUAGCAAACAAGAGUAUGACCAUAAUAGAAUUGCUUGUCAAUUAAAUUAAUUACAUUUCAAAAUAUCAUACUUGUCAUUCUCUGCAAACCUAUGGUGGCAUCAUGCCUUCAGUGUGCAUAUUGUAUAUAGUUCUCUGCAAACCUAUGAAAUGUUCUAUUUUGGCUUCAUUAUUUUGUCAGAAUGCACCAGAAUGCUUCAUUUGUAUGUGAAAAUCAGAAAGAAAUCUUCUGGGGGAGGAUGACGCCCCUACAGGGGUUUGCUUUACAAACUUUCAGCCCCACCUAAAACAAAAUUCACCAGCCGCCACUAGGGAUGAUGUUUGAUAAGGAAUUAUCGAGUUCGAGCCUAUUAUCGAAUCCUCUUAUCGAACCGAUUCCUUAUCGAUUCUCUUAUCGAGUCCAGAUAGGUUGUUGUAUAUGGAAAAAAACACACGAUUGAUUGAUUGAUUGAUUGAUUGACAAUAUUUGGUUUAACAAAAGCUCACUUUUAUUAUAUAAUAAA